GCCAGUUGACUGCUCGGUAGCCGGGGCGGGCUGGGCUCAGGAUGCCGCGGGCAGGCUCACCAUGGUGGUAGGGCGCGCCCAGCGCCCGCCUGUGCCGGUCCCCGUCGCCGCCUCCGUUGCCGUCCUGUUAACGAGCGCGGGGCUCCGGGCUGCCGCCGCCUAGCCCAAGCCCGAGCCUCGCUCCGCACCUCGGGGCGCUCCCCCCUUCCCCCGCCCCAGCCCGGCCUCCCUCCCCCGCCCCAGCUGUUUAUGGCUCAGUCUAUCUUCCUGGAUCAUGCACAGAAACUUUCGCAAGUGGAUUUUCUACGUGUUUCUCUGCUUUGGCGUCCUCUACGUGAAGCUGGGAGCUCUGUCGUCUGUGGUGGCUUUGGGAGCCAAUAUCAUCUGCAACAAGAUCCCUGGCCUGGCCCCCCGACAACGAGCCAUCUGUCAGAGUCGCCCCGACGCCAUCAUUGUGAUCGGAGAAGGGGCACAGAUGGGGAUCAACGAGUGCCAAUAUCAGUUCCGCUACGGCCGAUGGAACUGCUCCGCGCUCGGCGAGAAGACCGUCUUUGGGCAAGAGCUUCGAGUGGGGAGCCGGGAAGCCGCCUUCACUUACGCCAUCACGGCCGCCGGCGUCGCCCACGCCGUCACCGCGGCCUGCAGCCAGGGCAACCUGAGCAACUGCGGCUGUGACAGAGAGAAGCAGGGCUACUACAACCAGGAGGAGGGCUGGAAGUGGGGCGGCUGCUCAGCCGACGUCCGCUACGGCAUCGAGUUCUCCAGGCGCUUCGUCGAUGCCCGCGAGAUCAAGAAGAACGCCAGGCGGCUCAUGAACCUGCACAACAAUGAAGCUGGGAGAAAGGUCCUGGAGGAAAGGAUGAAGCUGGAAUGCAAGUGCCACGGGGUGUCGGGCUCGUGCACCACCAAGACGUGCUGGACCACGCUGCCCAAGUUCCGGGAGGUGGGCCACCUGCUCAAGGAGAAGUACAACGCGGCCGUGCAGGUGGAGGUGGUGCGCGCCAGCCGCCUGCGCCAGCCCACCUUCCUCAAGGUCAAGCAGCUGCGCAGCUACCAGAAGCCCCUGGACACGGACCUGGUCUACAUCGAGAAGUCCCCCAACUACUGCGAGGAGGACGCCGCCACGGGCAGCGUGGGCACCCAGGGCCGCCUGUGCAACCGCACGUCGCCCGGCGCCGACGGCUGCGACACCAUGUGCUGCGGCCGCGGCUACAACACGCACCAGUACACCAAGGUCUGGCAGUGCAACUGCAAGUUCCACUGGUGCUGCUUCGUCAAGUGCAACACGUGCAGCGAGCGGACCGAGGUGUUCACCUGCAAGUAGGCCGGCGGCGAGCGCGCGCCUCCCUCCGCCCGCCCCCCGGGCCGGCCGCGGCUCCGGCUGCCGUUCGCACAGCCCGUCUUUCGGGGA